UGCCGGUUUAUCAGUAUUCUGUUUAUAUUUGAAUUUGAUUUCUCGAAGAAGAAAAAACACGAUAAAAUUAUUUCGUAUAAUCUUCAUGCAUCAUAAAGAUAAAUCAAAAAUGUUGUACUGUACUCGAGCAAUGCGUCACUGCGUCAUCUCAGCCAGCUGAAUUAUCUCGUUCAAUUAUCCUAUGAGAUACUGAGAGCGAUAUCGCAAUCACUGCCAAUAGUGAAAAUGUAGAUGAUAUAGUUUAUAAGACGGUUGAAACUGAAUAUGGUGCAGUGCGUGGUCUCAUGAACGAGACCAUUUUGCAUAAGAAAUCAUACUUUGCCUUCAGGGGAAUUCCGUUUGCAAAGCCGCCGAUCGGAGAGUUGCGAUUCAAGGCACCUGAACCAGCCAAACAAUGGAGACCACAAACAAUUGAUGUUUUUAAAUACGGAAAAGCAUGCAGUCAACUACCAUACUCAGAUUUACAUGUGGAUUCCAGUGAAGAUUGUUUGUUUGUUAAUGUUUUUGUUCCAGUGGUGGCGCCAUCGAGAAAAUUGCCAGUGAUGAUCUAUAUUUUUGGUGGUGCAUUUAAUGGUUACAGUGGCGAUGAUCUUUUUCUCGGCCCCGAUUUCCUAAUUGAACAUGACAUAAUCCUCGUGACAUUUAACCAUCGCGUUGGUAUGUUCGGAUUUUUGUCAUUGGGCACACCAGAAUACUCCGGGAAUAUGGGAAUGAAAGAUCAGCAAUUGGCCAUCAAAUGGGUUUAUGAUAAUAUCGAACAGUUUGGUGGAGACAAAACAAAAAUUACACUUUCUGGACAUAGCUCAGGUGCACAUUCCGCUACUCAUCACAUGCUUAACGAAGAAUCAACGCAAUAUUUUCAGCAGGUUUUAGUAAUGAGCGGAACUGCAAACGCGUACAAAAUGUAUGUGCAUGGCGAUCAUCUGUGUUUGAUGAAAAUCUUUGCGAAAAAGUAUGAAAAAUGGAUCGGAGACAGUUUAGAUGAAGUGAUUGAGCUGCUGAAGAAUGUGCCCGAACAAGAAAUUCUUGACUUUGCUGCGGAAGUUCAGAAUCAACCGCUUGAUAAAUUGGAAUUCGAAAUAAUAUCAACACCAAAUGCUAUUUGGUUCCCUACUGUCGAAGCUGAAAAUGCCAUUCGACCAUUUUUACAAGAGAAUCCCGAAGAAAAACUUGAAAAUGCAGCCAGUCUCAACAUAACCGCAUAUUAUACUUUUACUUCUCGUGAAAUGGCGACAGGCGUCCCAUCCAAUUUUGCCGAUCCUGAGGUAAUGGAUGCAUUUCUUAAAGAUUUCCGUAUGCAAAUCCCAAUUCAUGGAUACGAUUCGACAAUCGCUAAAAAACCUUAUCUCGACGGUUUGAUGAAAGAGUUUUACGAUUUCUUCUAUGCAAACGCAACAACAAAUUUCGAACGUGCAGAUCAACGUCUAAUUGUAGACUCGGACUUUGUAUUUUCUUAUUGGACAGAAAAAUGGGUUAGAAAGCAACUGAGUGUUUCUGAUAAAAAUAUUUUUUGGCAUGAAUAUUCAGUGAAAUCAACAUUGAAUGAUCCCACGCCCAUUCUACUGCCUGGAGCUGGUCACGCAGAUGAACUUUGCUACUUUUACCGGUGUCGUCAUCAGUAUAAUCAUUAUAAGAAAAUGUUGGAGACAAAAGAUACUGAUGAAAUGAGUGCACUCAAUUACAGAGUUAUCAGUGACUUGACAACAUUACUGACUAAUUUUGUAAAACAUGGACAACCGGCAGUUGAUGGAAACCCCGUAGAACAUUUCAAACCGAUAGAACCAAAUAACUUCCAUUUGCUAAACAUAACAAAUGACGGAUUGUUCAUGACAAAAGCAACAAAUGAUCGGAAAAUUGAGUUUUAUGACUAUUUUAGAGCCGAAGUGAAGCGAUUAGUUGAAGGUCAUGGGGACAUACCAAAACGCACAGUGAUCCAACGAGUUUGUGAUAAUUUCAUCAGUAAAGAAGAAUUCUGUCGCUUAAAUGGAGAUUGUGAAAAAUAAAUAAGAUGCUAACAAAUGUAUUCCGUAUUUCGCCUGUGUUUAAAAAUAAAAUAGUUUUUGCAUUUAUGUUGACUUCGAAUCAAUAAAAUCAAUAAUAAAUGACAAA